UUCGGAAAGUUGUGAGGUUUUGAAAGGAGUUCGAUAAAAGUUUGUGGCUGCGUUCUACAUGGGAUAUCCGAGUUAUCAUUAUGGGAUUAUGAAGACAAAUAUGUUAUAUGGACUAUUGUUAAUCUUAAUCGUUAAUCAUGUAGCAGCAGCAGCUAAUUCUAAUUCCUCCUGGUAUGAAGGGUGCUAUGUUAGUGAUAACGCGUCUGCUCAAGUCCUGUCAUUCCGUCCCCCUGGUGUCGAUCUUGCCAAACUAUCUCCUGCCAAAUGCAGCCAACAUUGCCGAAAUGCGAACUAUCAGUAUGCUGGUGUGCAGAGCAACACCUGUAUGUGUGCUAACAGCACCAGUAGGCUAGUAUCAACGGCAACAAAUCAGCGUUGCAAUAACAGCUGUCAGAAUGGAGAUGAGAUGCCCUGUGGCGACGCUGAUGCAAUUGCCGUCUAUUCAGCCCACGGGCCAUAUCUGUUCGACGUGGUCAUCGAGGUCGAUCACACCUUGGUCGUGGGGUCCAAGAAUCAAAUUGAGGUGAUUGCAACUUAUGCUGGAGCACCAGAAAAUGUCUCGGCAGGGUGGCCGGUAUCCGAUCCUGCUAUUGCCGUUGUCACUUGGAGUAUAGAUGGUGCCACUGUCAGUCAGCAGACCACCACAGCCAUUGGUAGCUUGGUUAAGUCGGUCAUCGAGUACGAUUUCAAGACGGAGGGAGAGCACCUUAUUUCCGUCAUCGUCUCCAAUAAAAUCUCCACAUUGAUGUUUGCCGCCAACUACACUGCCAUCUUACCGCGUCCGAUCGGCCUCCAAGUGACGCUGUUAAAUGACAGUAAAAUAUCACCCACGUGCAUCCCGCGGAAAUAUUUACCGCUCGCUGCCAAGAAUGUUGCCGUCUUCCUUGACCAGUUUGUUGCAUUUGAAUUUUCGUUAACCAUUGGAUUGAACGUGUCGUUCUCGUUGGAGUUUGGCGAUACGGGCUCGCGUCACGUGAUCGAGCCUUAUAAGGAGACGCCGCCAUGUUCUGGAAGGGAGUGCAUCACUGCUGUUCAGGGCCACACCUUCAAGGCCACGGGUCGUUAUCGCCUCAAUAUCACCGUGGAGAAUGUUUACGGCAAGCUGGAGGAUACCAUGGAUGUGGUGGUGGUGGAUCACAGCUUAUCAAAUUUGACAGUCCGCCUUGACCCGAGCACCGCCCUAGUGACCAAGGUCAACGUUGCCACGAAGUUCUUCGUGACUGUUGUCACCGCCUCGAGGAUGACUUCGUAUCUGAGGCUGAACUUUGCCCACGGUGCUGAGAAGUGGUACUACUUAUGGGAUGAGGAUGGUGACAUGAUAGGAGCACCUCCUAGUGGUGGAGAGUACAUUCGUCUGAUGGCUAGCUACGACAGCUCGUGUAUGUUGUCAGUCGAGGUCGAUCAUGUGUUCACAGAGGAGGGAGUUUAUGCGGUCGGGGCGGAGUGCUAUAACAAUCACAGUCUUACUGUGCAAAGUUCGUCGGAGACUGUGACGGUUUUACGGGAGUUGCUAGGACCGUCUCUCGUGUUGAAUUCAGUGGUGGAGAGUAACAGAGAGAUAAACAUAACGGCUACGUUAGUUAGCGAGAGCGUAAACAUGACGUUCUCCUGGGGGAUAACGAACGCCGAUAGAACAUUCCAGAAGAAUUUCACAACUUCCGAUGCACUUUUGACGCAUAAGUUUCUGAAAACUGGGGUUUACACCGUGCAUCUUGUUGUGUCCAAUCUUCAUGGUUCUGUCGCGACGUCGGGGAUAAUUAACGUACACGAUCUAAUUACAGACCUGUCAGUCUCAUCUAGUCAAGAGUUCAUCCGCAUGAACCACCCUGUUAAUUGCUCGGCAACGGUUGCGACCGGUUCUGGCAUUGAAUUUACAUGGACGUGGGACGAUCGGACAAAUCCUGAUCAAAUAUCUGUCUCCGGAAAAACUAAAGAAAUUAGUCAUAUUUUCACCCAAGUCGGGCAAUAUAAUGUAUCGGUAAAGGCAGAAAAUUUAUUGAACUAUAAGAGGGAAUAUGUAGUGAUCAUCGUCCAGGAGGCUGUGACACAUUUAAUGCUGUCGUCGUUGGGGCCGGUUGCCCUUGGCAAAGCAUCAACCAUCAUCGCUAGGGCCACUACUGGGACGGAUGUCAAAUUUGAUGUUGAUUUUGGCAGCGGGCGUAAGGCUGCAAACGGGACUGAACAUGGUGAUAAUCUCCACCUGAAGCAUGUUUUUGCCGAAAGUGGGACGUAUAGUGUUACGGUUUAUGCGUAUAACAAGGUGUCAGAUGUGAAGCAGACGAUAGUAGCGAUGGUUGAGGUGCCAGUUGAAGAUGUCACCAUACUGACCACCAAUCCACCCGUCGUGAAUGAAACCUCUAUAAUUGUUGUGAAAAUGAAAGAUUCAAUUUCCACAAGAGCAGACAUACUGUAUUGGUGGCGGUUCCUCGAUCAGACGAUUGUCACGAAAACUCCCAUGAUUAAAUACAAAUUUGCAUCUGCCGGGAACAUUGAAAUGAACGUCACUGUCAGAAAUCUUGUGAGUUCAUCAUCAGCAGUAUCAGUGCUCAAUGUUGUCAACACUUCACCUGUCACGCGUCUGCUCCACUAUGCAGGAUAUGAAUAUGGCAAAAAUACCUUUUUCACCCUCGUCAACAUACCACCGUCUGCGACGAUUGAUGUAAAAUAUGGUGACCAGUCGAAACCGGAAAACUUUACCGUGAAUACGACCAGCCACAAGUGGAAGCACACGUACAACUUACUGGGCCUCCACCAGUUGGUGAUCAGAGUGAUGAAGGGAACGAGUGUGGUGUCCAUUUUUUCAGUCGUCUCGAUCCAGGAGCGCAUCACCGCGCUGAGCGUGUCUGGUCCUCCUGCGGUCCCUCUCCUCAGCCUCACCCGCGGGCAAAAAUGGAAGGCAUCCCUCGGUUCUGGGUCCGAGGUUGUAUUCAAGUGGACCUUUGAUAAAACAGUUUCCUAUACGGCUCAUAAUGAGAUCUACCAAAAAUUCACCCAGGCAUCUCUCCAUAACAUAUCAGUGGAGGUGUCCAACAGCAUCUCGAAGAUGGGCGCUGCAACAACCGUUAUUGUCCAGCAUCCCGUAUCAAGUGUUGACAUCUUAGUUUCCCCCGUCAUCGAGGGACAGAAAUCACAACUUGAGAUUCUCAUCACCGGAGGACGAGAAUUCGUAAUCGAUAUAAAUUUCGGUGACGGAACCCAGACGAAAUAUUCAUCAUCAGAUCCAGGACUAGGAUUGGUUACUCUGCGCGAGAGCGUGGAUUAUUCCGUUGUGCCACUAUACAAAGCCGAAUUGGCCUACACUUACGGUAGGAUCGGCAAUUAUAGGAUCAAAGUCAACGUUAGUAAUCACUUGAAUUGGAUCGAGGAGACGUCAAAUGCUUUAGUUGACGCACCUAUAGAGGGCGUUGUGUUGUUGACCGAUGCGAAACAGUACAUCGAGACGGACACGGUAGUUGCCUUCAAUGUAACUGUGGUAUCCGGCAACAAUCUGACAUUCACGUGGCAGUUUGGCGAUGACCUACCGAGCACUAUCGAGAACUUCGACAAGUACAGCCUCGCCGCACAUCAGUUCAGUCUCCCCGGCACCUACAACAUCACAGUCGCGAUCAAGAACCCACUUUAUACAAACCCUGUCGUCGUUGCCUUGCCGUUCCUCGUGAAAGUCCUCAUACCUAUCCGGCAAGUGUUUGUCGCCCAACUGAAUGGCAAAACUGCUGCAGCAUUCAACCCAAAUACGGGCCUGAGCAGUGGUGUGGUGUUUCUGGCCACAGCACGCUACGGUUCAGAUGUCUUGUUCCACUUUGACUUUGGUGACGGGACUGUCAGUACCGUUACGACAGAAAUCGUGUUUCCAAAGACCAGCCGUGGAAAAGCAUCCCAUGCUUUUGCAAGUGAGGGUGCAUUCCAGGUCAAGGUCACAGCCUCAAACGCUCUCGGAAACUUGACAGUAGCGUUGUCGUCGUUGUUCUGGGUACAGAUCCCGCCCGGCGACAUCGGCCUCCCCAAAAAAGAUGAGGGUCCCUACGCCGUGAUGGUGUUUGUAAAUCAGACGUUCACGCUGAUUACGAAUGGUGGCACCAAUGUGACGUAUGACUGGAAUCUUGGCGAUGGUACGACAAAGACGGAUCAUGGGUCAGUGUUGACGUACAUGUACACAAAGACUGGUAACUUCAAUUUCCAAGUGAAGGGAUACAACAAGGCGGGAGAAAAGAACUUUGUGACUACAAUGAUGGUGCAGCAGGCCAUACAAGCGUGUACUUUGACGGCCUCGAAAACGAAGUUGCUUACGUCACCGGAUACGGUCACGUUUACCGCUACGCCAUCGAGUCCGGCCGACUAUUUCAAGUGGGACUUUGGCAAUGAUCAGAUUUCUGAUUCAUUUAAGAACGAAAUGCAGCAGGAAUAUAAGAGUCCAGGAAGCUACGUUGUCAAAGUGAAUGCGACAAACUAUGUCGGCAGUAACGUGGUCUCAAACAUGCUUGUUAUCCGCGUGUUUGCUCCGGUCACCAACCUGAAGAUCCAGGUGUUAGGAAGCCUCCUUCUGAACCGACCCAUCAAGUUUGACGCGCAGUACUACUCGGGUACUAACUUGACUUUCACGUGGGAUUUCGGAGAUGGCAAGGGUGUCGUGAACAAGACAGGCUCUUCGGAGAUUGAGAAUACGUUCCAGAGGAAAGCCGAGUACAAUGUUACAUUGAUAGCUUCCAAUGACGUGAGCCGCCAAAGUGUCCACAUGACCAUCUUCGUGUUGGACCAGAUUUGUCACAAGCCGGAAAUAGUCUUCCUCGGGACGAAUGGUGUGGCUACGUAUUUCCAGUACGCACGCUCGGAUGAGAUUCGUAUCGAGAUCGACACGCUGGUGAAUUGUACAACCACGUCCCUCACCAUAUACCGGUGGCGUAUCUUCAAACACGGCACAAGGACGCUGGCCGAUCUCCAGGACGUACACGCAGACCUGCUCAAGAAGAAGAUGCUACUGCUGAGCCCACGUGCCCUGGGUUAUGGGAAUUAUACGGCGCAGAUUGAGGUUCGAAUGGGUAAUGGCUCCAUCGUGCAUGACGAGAAACAGAUCGACAUCUUCGUCCAACCGACACCACUCCGUCCCAUCAUCUCCGGCGGGAUCAUCCGUAAUAUCUCCAUGAUGAAUGACCUGACUUUCGAUGGAUCACAGUCAUAUGAUCCCGAUUUCCCGGACGCAACUGACCUGAGUUAUAAUUGGACGUGCCGGGAGUUGAACGAUGAUCGAGCGCCAUGCUUCAAAAAUAACAGCAAUGUCCUUCCUAGUACGGCCAGAGUGGUUUCGCUGCAUGGUUCCGCUUUCAUUCGGGCGAAGGAGUACGUGAUUAACCUGACGAUAAGUCGGCCUGGGCGGGAAUCGCGACACACCACGCAGGUUCUGAGAGUGUCAACCUUCAACAUGCUUACUGUGUGGGUCAAAUGUCCCAAAUGUCUUGACGGUCCGGUCAAUUCCAACUAUCGUGUCGAAAUAACGGCCGGGUGUGCCUUAUGCGACGACGAAGAAGCCACCAUCUUGUACAAAUGGGAUUUAUAUCUUCUGUCGAAAGUGAACGAUAUGACGUACGCCGGUGCCCACGAUGUAGGAUCGUGCGUAGAAGCUGAUGGCUCCUCCUAUAUUCAGUACUGGAAAUUGAUAUCGACUACCGUUGCUCCGAACACAACCAACACGACUACUGCUGCCCCGACGUCAGCAUCGGGGAAUCCCACGACUCCAGUUGGACAGACCACUUCUGGUGCCUCAGAUGGUGGCACCGGUGGCGGCUCAAGCGUCACCCAGCCUCCGAGUGGCGGUGGCGGGGUUCCGCCGAUCUUCCCAAACGUCGGAGAAGGAAGCACUGGCGGACGAGGGACCCGCAAACGACGCAACACGCAAGAUGUCCACGUCCGGCGCCGUCGUCAGAGUGCCAACCCAUUCCAAAAUAUUGGUGAAGGUUCAUCAGGUGGAUCUUCAAGUUCGUCGUCGUCAUCCUCGUUCCCUAUAGGGGGCGGCGGUAUCUCUGAAGGGUCGACGUCCGGACGUGGCGAUGGUCAGGGCACAGGGAGUGGAAGUACAGGAGGAAAUACGGGAACUGGUGGAACAACCGGAGGGAAUGGCAACAACAACGAAGGCGACCGCGUUGUCGACCCGUUCAAGCCGGGCAUCAACCCGCACAUCGUCAGCCAGGAGCGGUACAGGAUACGCCUCCUGGCGGAGAAUACCACAACAGGCCUUGAUCACUCGUCCAUCGUGUUCAGACCGGGAUUUCUAAAACAGGGCCGGACGUAUAUGGCCAAGGUGAACGUGACUUAUUCAAAAGGGGCGAAACGCGAGACUGGUGAAGCUGAAUGGUGGUUUGAAGUGAACGAGAGCCCCAACCGCGGCCAGUGCACCUUCCAGCCCCGGUCGGGUGUGGAGGAGGAGACAAACUUCAGGAUAUUCUGCCAUGAGUGGCAAGAUAGGGCCGAGGACAAACCUUUCAUCUACAAGUUCACGUACCGCUUCCCGGGGAGUGACGUGCGGUACAUGAUCUACGGCGGGCAAAAAACAGACUUUCAGUUCAACCUCCCGGCCGGGCAGGCGUCACAGAAUUACCAAGUUCUAGUUGAGAUUGCCAUCGUCGACCGCCGAGGUGCUCAAACAUCAGUGUGCCAGCUGCCGAUCACAGUCAAACCAAAAGAUCUCACUGCGCUUAAAGCAAGUGGAAAAAGUGAAGAAGAGAUCUUAUUCGACCAGUACAACAGUCGCGAUGCCAUCAAAAUUCAGGAGGCGAUUGACAAGAAGGAUUCGAAAUACUUCCACAACAAGGUCCAGCUUUUUGUGCACCAGCUUAACCGGGCGCCGAGAAUUAGCACACAGAGGCGUCAAAAUGUCAAGAAUGAAUUAUUCGAUUCGCUUAAAAAGCUUUCCAUCAGAGACGAGUAUGAAGCGCUUCAGACCGGAUCCACAGUCCUACGGCUGACUGACACGCCAGAGGACAUGGACAGAGAGUCCCUUGUUGACGCUACGGACAUCCUCGCCGAAUAUACAAACACGGUCGAAACGUUACCGACAGAGGAUCAUCAAUUGAGCAAGGAUCUGUUGACGUUUGCUGUCGAGUCGUCGUCAAAUAUCAUCAAGGCGGCGUCAAUGAUGCCAAAGGAAUCGAAAAAUCUGGAGGCGAUGAAAUAUGCGAUUGAAAAGAAUGAGCACUCAAUGCAUGAGUUGUUGAACGCUUGCACCAAAGACCACACCGAAUAUGAGGAAGCGAUCCAACGCCACUCCACCCUUGUCAACGUCAAGGCUCAGGGCGUCAAGGGUAACCGACUGCUCAUGAACGUUGAUGAGGCAGAGUUUGCCUGGGACAUGAAACGUCUUCCGAAACGCCGCCUCCGUCGCGAUACGUCACCUGCGACACAGCUGAUUGUUGGCGAGUGUUACCUGGCACACAUGAUACUGUUUAACCAGGAUCCAUACGUCUUUAGUGCUGUCCAAUCUCACAAGGUCAUGGCAGUCGCGUCACUUAACCUCUACUACUGCAACGGGACACACGUACCGGUCAGAAACCUCCCGGCAGACCAGCUCAUACACAUCUCAAUACCCCGCAAGACGGCUGCGCAGAACAGUUUCCCACAAUACACCCUGAACAAGGAGAACAUGAAUUUGCACAAGUUCAACUUUACGCGGGGAAAUCUCAACCAAUCAUUUCACAUCAUUAUACAGUUUGAACCAGUCUCCCCAGAGCUGCGGAAAUUUCCACUGGCAGUCUUGAUCAACCAUCGUACAAUGCCGACGCUUGAAAAGUACAUGGAACACAAGCGAUACAGUGCCGAUAUGGACAAAAUUGAGAUGAGGAUUCCUGCUGGGCGCUUCAACGCUCCUGGUGAUUAUUACCUUGGACUUGUCGACGCAAAUUACAACAAAGGACGACCCCGCGAUCACGUCGCACAGCAGCGGAACUACACCAUCAAAAUGUGGUGGGAGGCGUGCGUCUUUUGGGACAGCGCUAAAUCUGAUUGGUCACCGGAGGGAUGCUCGUUGAAGCAGACGUCAACCUAUGAAAUGCAGCAUUGCGCUUGCAACCAUCUCACGUCAUUCGGAACGCAUUUUUCGUUGACGCCAAAUGAUUUGUCGUUUGUCGGUGUCGAUUCAUUCUUUGAUCUGCAUCAGAAUCCUGUUAUGAUCGCGUUCGUCAUCGCUGUCCUCCUCAUCUACGCCUUGGCCUUUGCGAUAUGUUAUCGGUACGAUGCCCACGACCUGAAGAAGGGGGCCGUCGUCUACCUGCAGGACAACACGGCGACUGAUCGUCAGCGUUACGAGAUCAUCGUUGAGACGGGGUUCCGCAAGGGUGCCGGCACGACUUCGAAGGUCAGCCUCGUGCUGCACGGAGAAGAAGGCAUGUCGGAGACAAGGGAACUAGUCAAUGAGAACAACCAGACUCUGUUUGAACGGAACUCGCGUGACAUUUUUGUGAUGACACUCCCCGACAAUAUCGGUCCAAUCUGGAAGGUUCAGUUCUGGCACAAUAACAGUGGCGUGUCGCCCAGCUGGUACUUAAGUCGGGUAAUCGUGCGCGACAUCAACCUUGACUACUCGUAUUAUUUCCAAUGUGAGAAAUGGUUCGCCGUGGAAGAGGAGGAUGGCAAGGUUGAACAAGAGUUCAUGACUUUGGAAGGCGGGCUUGGCUUUCGCAAGAUUGUGUGGAUCAAGGGAACGGAAUAUUUCACAGACUAUCACCUGUGGGGCUCGCUGUUUACGCGGCCGUCCUACAGUCGCUUCUUUCGUACUGACCGUCUCACCUGCUGCUUGUCACUGCUCAUGUCGUACAUGUGCCUCAACGCCAUGUGGUACCAGACGAAUGAAACAGAGUAUCGUGGCGAGUUUGGCCUGAUCGACGUGUCCUGGCGUGCUGUCGUUGUUGGUAUUUUAACCACUGUCAUCGUCGUCCCUGUUAACCUGGCACUGGUCAUGAUGUUCAGGAAAACAAAGUUGAGGAAACCAAAAAGCAGCACCGAUAAGAAGUACCGCAGCGUCAACAAGGACAACCACAGUACCGAUGGUAGCACCGGUAGCGACAAUUUCGAUCGGUCCGUCCAACCCGUCAUGACGCAGUCCUUGCUCGACCAGUCCAUCUUGAACUGGCAGAGUCUCCAAGAGUGGGCGCAGAAACAAUGGACGAAACGUUAUCAGCAGUCGGUCACGUCGAGUGCAGAAAAUGUCAAACCAGAGAGCACACCUCAAGUGCAGGAAGUGCGUGAGCCAACGCCCACCCAGAACCAAAAGGGAUGCGAGACGGACCAGACGUCGAGUGGGUUUGAAGACUACAGCAGCCAGCAGGUGCAGACACCAUUGCCGCAGGUUCCCGAGGUCCGCAAGAAAAGUGAAGAAAACAGUGUCAGUUCUGCAGGAAUUGAACUCAUUGCCAACGAUGCAGAAUCCAAGCGGGCGUCGCCUUGCCUACUGCCAUGGGGUUGCCGGUACAUUCUCCUGAUCGUCACCUGGCUCAUCAUUGCCGGAUGCGCAGCAGUCACGAUCCUGUACGGUUUCCGGUUCGGUCGUACCAAGAGUAUCCAGUGGCUGCAGUCGCUCUUCUUCAGCUUCAUGAUGUGCAUGUUCAUUACGCAUCCAAUUGUGAUUUUGGUCAUAACCAUCUACUCUGCGAUCAAGUACCGUAACACUCCAGCCGUCCUGGACCACCUUGACGACGACCGCGACACGGAAGUCCGCGAAAAGCAGCGUCCAUUUAAUCGGCUCGACUAUUAUGAAGACUGCGACGACCUUGAGAAGGGGAUAGCUGCUCGUCAACGAUCGCGAUAUCUUCGAUUCGCUCGGCCACCUCAGGAGAAACAGCUGAUUGAAUCGCGGAAGAAGACAAUGAAAGAGAAAAAGGCUGUUACAAUAUUUUGGGAGACGGUGAAAUAUCUUGUAGUGCUGACUGUAGCUCUGUUUGUGGCCUUUGGCAAGGACACUUCAACCCCGUACCACCUAAACAAGGCCGUCACAGUCCAAUUCACCGAAUCGCUUCCCAAUCCGUUCCAAAAUAUCAGGAGUGUCAGUGAUUGGUGGAGGUGGAGCCAAUCGGAUCUGUUGGAUCGACUCUACUGGGAACGAUGGUAUAACGGCCAAGAGACGAAUACAGAUCGGAACUACAUCCUCGACGGCUCGAGCACGAUCGUCGGUUACGUCAACCUGCGCCAGAUGAGAGUCGAUAACAAAUCCUGUGACAUCCCGUACCCAUAUAAUGUAACAGACACGUGUUACUAUGGAUACGGUAGCUGGGAUGCGAGCACAGCAAGUUUUGGUCCCGGUGAGAAGUGGUCGUAUUCGCCGUGGUCGGAUUUGUACCGUUAUAAGAUCUACGGUCGAUUGGCGGAAUACGAUGGUGCGGGAUUUCUUGUCAAGUUAAACUCAACUCGAGCCGGAGCUUACGCCCAGCUUCAGAAACUGAAAGCACAGGAAUGGAUCGACCGCCACACGCGUGCAAUCAUCGUGGAAUUCACGCUCUACAACGCGCCAACGAACCUGUUCACGUCUGUCAGUCUCGUGUGUGAGACACCGCCCACAGGUGGCGCCUUUCCAUUGGUGCGCGUCGACUCGGCGUACAUGUAUCGAUACUUCUCGGCUUUUGAUCAUGUUGUUCUAGCAUUCGAGCUCAUAUUCAUCAGUAUCAUCAUGUUCAAGAUCCAGUCGUUCAUAGGGGGCGCAAUACGCGAGAAGAAACGCUACUUCAGAAAUCUCUGGAAUGUCCUCCAUCUUGUCCAGCUAGUCUUCUGUGUCACAUAUAUCGUCUGCUACAUCUUGCGGUUCGUUUACGUACACGACACGAUUGAGAGAUUGCGUGCUACGUUCCUUGAGGAGUAUGUUGACGUCUUCUUCAUUGCGCUUUGGGACGAGCUGCUGCGGACCCUGGUUGGAAGCAUUGUGUUCAUAAUAUUUGUUCAGUUUCUGCGCCUCUUGCGGUACCGUAAACUGUUUGCACGUCUCGGGAAUGUCUAUUGGCGCGCCAGGAGGGAGAUCCUUAUAUUUACUGCCUUGUUCAUUGUGAUUCUAAUGGCGUGGACGAGUCUCGGUGUGGCGUUGUUCCGCACCGUCAGCUGGUCGUUCAGCGAGUUCCAUCUCGGCUUCAUGUCGUUGUCGAGCCUUCUAGUCAUGAAAUACCGGUUCCAAGACAUUGAGGAGUACAGUCUGCACGGAGCCAGGGUGUUUGUUUGUGUCUUCUUCAUAUUUGGAAUGGGCAUACUGCUUUCCUAUAUUGUAGCUGUGCUGAGUCUCCACUUCCGUGUAGGACGUCAUGACCAAGUGUUGACCAUGUCUUCUAAGGAGCUGAUGAACUUCUAUUGGAACCGUCUCUUAGUCUGGUUGAAGGUCAGACGGAUUACACAGGACGACGACGAUGACAGCGUUCUGCCACCGGAAUUCACCAUGGCUGAAAUUGAGUACCAAGUUGACGAGCUACUUUUCAAAAUGAACGCCAUCUCGGGCAGUCACGGCCUCCCAGAAAAGCCGCCGUGUUAUUACACCGAUUCGGAUUGUACAUACGGUAUCGGUGACGAUGGCGUGUCAAGCGGAGGGUCAGAGGUCAGAGGUUUCGACGAGACGAGGUUCGAGUCGCGUAUCGCUAAGAUUGAGGACAAUCUCUACAUGCAGGAGCCACACCUGGCUCAGUUGAUCCAACUCGAUAACAUUGGGACGAAUAUUUUGUCGCAGGAGAGAGAAAAACAGCUGAGGUCCGAGUUAGAACUUGAAAUUUUCCGCCAACUGCAAGUCCAGAGACAAGAAGGCAAAUCACAGUCGAACACGCAUUUUGAUGGCAGCACCAGUUCGCCAUUGAGAGCCGGAGAUGGCCUCAACCAAAGUGGUAAUAACUCACCUCAUUUCGGCCUCGUCACCUCACAGCGGAAACCGGCUAAAUUCAUCUUUCCUAAACCACCUGUCUUAGGAAAAUUAAAAUACCAUGACCCCUUCAGCGAAGACUUUGGCGCCCAUCGUAGGUCGCGACGCUGCGACCAUCGGGGAUCGUUCUCCGAUACCGACGUGUACGAUAUCCCAGUGCAUGGUGGGAAAUCUGACGAUUACGGUAGCUGCGAGGUCGUUAGCAUGGACGACGAAACAGUCAACCGCCCAGGUCAAGGUCGAGUUCAUGGGCGACUUAGUCCUGGGGUGGAUAGGAUGUCACAUCGUGAUUCAAAUUAUAGUCAUUCGAUACUAGAUUUGCCUCCUGGGGGCGACCUUUUAGAUAUUCCUAUACAUCGUUUAGAUGAUGAUUAUCCAAGACCGCGAACCUCUGUUGAGAAAUCGCGUCCAUUUGAUUGCCUGUACGACUCCAGUUCGAGUUCAGAGUACAAUCUAGCAAGGUCAAGGUCGGCUAAAGCAGACGCGAAACCGAGAAGUUUGCGUAAAACUAAGUCACGGGGAAAGGGUAAAGGUCGUAAAGAGUUUACACCAAUCAAAGGACUCGAUGAGUUAGGCAUAGAAAAUGGUGGCUAUAGCAGUGAUAGUGACGUGAAUGUUCGGGUGAGCGGCCGCCAGAAGCAAUGUUGGUCUUGAUGUGGUCAGUGUCGAUAAUGAUCAAUCAUGAUGCACCAUGACACAGCUUUUCCCGCCGUGAAUUUUGUCAUGAUGUACCCAUGACAGCUAUUUGAUGAACAAUGCAAUCACUUGUCUCAAAGCUGUAAACUCUGUUAUCAUUUUCAUAUGUUGCAUGUUUUCGUGAAGUGGACAAAAAAUAACAGUCCCUUAAAUUGCAUAAAAUCUUCUUCUCUUAGUCGGCUUCUCUGAAAUGGAAUUUUCUCCACAUAAAUUUUUGAUGACUUAUUGUGCCAGGUGUUAUAAUUGAUGGAAUUGCCCAACUCCAUAUCUCUCCAACUGGACAGCAUAAUACAUGUGGUAUGAUUAUCAUGUAUCAAAAACAUAAAUGGCUCUUUCAAACAUAAAAAAAAGCUGUGAAGAUAAUAGUAGGGUUUACGGCAAGAUAAUUCUGGUCAGUUUGGACUCAAAAGUCUUUCAGGCAUAUUGUAUAUUAAUGUUGAUUUUAUAUGUAAGCUCGCUGGGCCUGCUAAAGCCUCUAGCAAGCAGAUGAUGGAUCACUUUGUAGAUUGUAAAUAAGUCUUGAAAUAUCAUGUAUUUUUAAUUAUGCGUAUAGGUAUUUUAACCAUCACACAUUUAGAUGGAAUAUGAAUAGUAUUUCGGAGGAUCAAAGUUAAAAUAUAUUUGGUAAUCUGAUGACAUUCUGGAUGUCAGUACAGGAACCAGUUCUGUAACAAUAACUGUAUAGAAGUUUAAUACCAGUUCUGUAAUGAUAUGUGCCAUUACAGUUCAGUACCAGUUCUGUAAUGAUAUGUGCCAUUACAGUUCAGUACCAUUUCUGUAAUGACAUGUGCCAUUACAAAUCGAUACCAGUUCUGUAUUGACAUUUGAGGGUAUCAUGUCAUCUUGAGGGGGCUGAAAAGAUGUGCAGCUUGCAACUGUACGAAAAGUGGCAGUAUUAUUACUUAAAAGUGCAAAAACCCAAUGAAUUGUUUACUCCUGAAUAUUUCUUGUUGUUGUUUAUUGAAAUGUUUUUACAAUGGCCAUUCAAACUGUAUGACCUUUUUUCGUGUUCUUCCAUGUUUUUCUUUAGCGAUUUGUAGACUUUUAAUGCGAUUUCACUCAUAUCAAGCUGGUGCCAUGACAGUGCUGCCACCUGUGGCCACCUUGAAGAAUUACCCCAUGAGAUUAAAAACGAUUAGUAGCGUGUAAAUUGGCUUCAGUAUGUCCAUUUCAUUUUCAUUGAGAUUUUUCGAAAUUUUGCAAUAAUGGUUUGCCUGUUGUACUCAUUUUAUAUGUACCGUUACUGUCCGUGUUUACCUUCUACAUGUACAUUACAUAAUAAUUUUAUAGUUUGGCAAUGACUUCAUAUUACUAUACUUUGAGACUUGGCAAUGACUUCAUAUUACUAUACUUUGAGACUUCACUAUGAUAAAUGAAUUCACUUUAUGAGAAAAUGAUUAGAUUGAUUAUACCGAGGUAUACAGUAUAUAGUUUUAUUUGUAUCUCGUGUGGUUGUAUUGAGUAAAUUUAGGCUAUUACUUUAUACAAUUUCUGUGGGUUAAGCUAGGCUCACAUGACAAUCAUACUUGCUAAACACGUUUGUUUUUGUCAUUUUGACAAACAUCUUUUCCUGAUAUGUUUCAUAUUUAAAAACGUGCUUAACCUUUUCAGUCCCGGGGCUCCCCUUUUAACAGACAACCCGAUGGCCAUGUUAGAUAGUGGCGGAGUCUAGGAACGACUGAAUACCCUAGUAUUGGUUUAUCUUUAAAACAAACGGCGACAGCACCUGUUAAGUUAUUGAAACAUGGAAGUGGGAUGGCAUCCCGUCAUGGUCAAAUACAGUGGUAACAUAUGCGGAUGCGGUCCCACCUGGGCACUGAAAAACGACAAAUUCAUUUCAUUUGUAUACUAUAUCACUCAAGCAUAAGUUAUUUUGGUUAUCUAUUGACAUGGAUCUUGCAGAUGGUAGGGGCGACGUGUAUGGGCGGUUACACCUGCUGUUUGCCUGAACAACUGCCAACUGCCACAAUUAGUUAUGCAUGACAUGGGCAUAAUCAUCAAUGAUGAAUUGUUAUAGGCCCCAGAUCCCGUCUGGGGACUAUAUUGAUAUCACUGGAAUUCUGGAAAAUGUUAUUUUCUUCCACCAACACAUUUAUUGCGGUAGUCCAGCAAAACGGCUAAAUAAACCAGAAAUCAAUCACCCUUACACCACCAAACCCAAUUCCAUCUAUGGACCAUCGCAAAAGUAUUUUUAAAAUCCUUAGUAUUUCGAUACUUUUGAAGCAUUUUUUGCCGAGAUCUAUCGUCUUCUCCCAACAUGCCGAAGCCGCGAUUCAAUCUGACAUGCGCUGUGACAUGCGCAGAGGCGAGACGCUAAUACAUUAGCAUAAGCUCCGUCCCGUCAUAAUGACAUCAUUAUUCUCAGGAGUUGGUCGAGCGAUGGGACGAUGGAGGUAUUAUUUAUAAAGAAACCCAAUUCGAUUCAUGGACUAUCGCAAAACAAUUUUUCAAAACUCAGAAUAUUUCGAUGCUUUAGAUACGUUUUUGUGCUGCCAUUUUGACGAGAGUAUCGGGUCAAGGUCAAAUACUACACUCAGGCUGUUAAUUCGAACGCGUUCGACUUGAGUAUUUGCACACGUUCUUCUUCAUAGUUUGACUACAGUCGAGUUUGUUACUCGGUUUCUACUCGGUUGACAUGACGUAAUUUGCGUCGAGUGCGCAGACGACUACCUGGGGACUAUCAAAUUUGCUACCAGCAAAUUUCGGAAUUCUAGUUAUAUCUACGAUAUUGAAACAAUGGUCAAGCCAGAACAUGACGUCAUAACACCCAGAAAAUGCAGGGACGGCCAACCCAUUGUGAUUGUCUAUCCAGAUUGAACAUGUUGAGCAACAUUGAAUGGCCAUUAUAUAAUCUAGCUUGAAUUGAGUAGGCCCUAUUCAGAAGUGGUCUUACAGUGAAACUCAAGUAUGUAUAUCAUACACAUUUGCUGGAAAAGGUCAAGGUCACUACUACCAUAUGUCAUGUCAAUUUCUCUGCUUAUGUGUACUAUGAGCGAUGUGUAGGCCUAUUUUAAAUUUAAUAAUUUUGCCCAUCCAAGCCAUGACCAUGAUCACAAUUUUGUAAAUAAUUUGAUGAUAGGGGCCUAUAUAUAUUUUUAUAAUGAUUGAUAUCCAUUUAUUUUGAAUAAAAUUAUCAGGUUACUAUUUAGAACUGAAGUUUAUUCUUUCAUUGCCAAAUAUAUACUACGAUUAUGGGCACCAGACUCACAGUCUUGUGUCAAUAUUGAUAUCAUUAUCACUCAUGUUCUGGUUUCUUUCUUUCUUUCUUUCUUUCUGUUCACAUUUUACAAACAUUAUUGCGAGUGUUCUCCAAAACAGCUAAAUAAACCAAAAUUCUAUCACCCCUAUACCACCAAACAUAAUCCCAUCUAGUGUACGUCGCAAAA